GCGAAACAUUGAUGCACCUUUAACACUCAUGUGGUGGCAACCUAGCAUAAUCCAAACAAAAAGAGAAAACUCUUAUGAUCUAAAGGGAUUCUCUCUCUAGCCAUGGGAAAGAGAGGGCGACCGCCAAAACCUAUCGGAAAAGACACCGGAGAUGCGAUUGCUACACCGUCGAUUGAAGAAAAGGUAACAGAAAAGGAAGACCCUGAGGUUUCGAACAAGAAAUCACCUACUGGAUGUGCUACACCCAUCCAACCACAACCAGAUCUGGAGAUCGAGGAGUUGAUCGCGACAGAGGAAGAGGCUGAGGAUAAGUCUGAAGGAAAAAAAAGCUACGCUGAUGUUGUUGGAGCAAACCCCCCACUGGAAAUAGUUAAAGGAUUUUUAUCUAGAAUCUGGAAAGCAUAUGAAAUUGAUGACAUUUCAUUCUUAAGGGAGGGACAAUUUAUUGUUAGAUUCCAUAAAGUAGAGGACAGGGAUGAGAUCAUAAAGAAGAAGUACUACUUUAUGGACAACAAACCAGUAUUUGUUCAAAAGUGGUAUCCAGGAUGUAAAGUGAACCUGCUGGAAAGAAAGGACAUACCCAUAUGGAUUCAGUUCCCUGAUUUGGAGAUGAAAUAUUGGAGUCUCUCGGCAUUAAGCAAAUUGGGCAGUGCUAUUGGACAACCAAUCAGGAGGGAUAGGGCAACAGCUUCAAGAGUCAAAUGGUCCUAUGCCCGUAUUCAAGUUGAAGUCCAGAUUAACCAAACAUUUCCUGAUCAAAUUAAUUUCCUGAAUGAAGAAGGCAGAAUAAUAACCCAGAAGAUAAAGUAUGAAUGGGCUCCCACUGUUUGCUCACACUGUAAUAGAAUUGGUCAUGUGUUCGAGAUGUGUAGAAAGAGAUAUACUGAAAACACAAAGGGUACAGGAGGAAAGAAAAUUUGGAGACCUAAAACCACACCACAGGGGGGCAAGGAUGAAGCAGCACCACCCUCCAUACCCCAGAGAACUGAAACAGAAAAGGAAGAUAAUAAGAGGGAUAAGGAAAAUGUAGAGGCAAAGAAUCCAGAGAACUCUGAUGACUCAGGAUUCCUUGAGAUUUCAAAGAAAAAAGCUGCGAAGAGGAGGUUUUUGGAAGGUACAGAAGGGUAUUUUAAUACAGUUCUGAAACAGGAUGAGAAAAUUGGUGGCAAUCCUGUUAGUUGGGAGGAAGUGAGACCGUUCCAAGACUGUCUAAAUUUGUGUGGAUUAGAAGAUCUACCAUUUGAAGGACCUAGAUUCACAUGGACAAAUAACCAAGAUUAUGAUAAGCGCAUCUACUCCAAACUGGACAGAGUCUUGGGGAAUAUCAACUGGAUGUGCAAUUUUGAUCACAAGGUGUAUUUUAAAGAAAGGGGAAUCUCAGAUCAUUCUCCCAUGAUAAUACAGAAACUGGAACAAUUUAAAGUUGGACAUCACUUCAGAUUUUGUGACAUGUGGACCCUAGAUCCCCAAUUCCCUCUUCUAGUGGCUGAUGUUUGGGACCAGGAACACAAAGGUUAUCCUAUGUACCAAGUUAUUCAAAAAUUAAAGCAGCUCAAAGGCCCCCUGAAGAAGCUGAACAAAAGUAAGUUCCAAAAUUUGGAUUCCCAAAUUGAUCAAAUUAGAACUAAACUGCACAUUGUUCAGGCAGAUCAGAGGGCAAACAGUUCUAACACAAAUUUGGCAAAAUUUGAAAAAGAGUUGACUCAGGAGCUACACCAAAAACUCAGAGCUAACUUCCUCAUGAAAUGUCAACAAUCAAAGGCAGACUGGAUCACAUAUGGGGAUCAAGAUACUAAGCUUUUCCAUGCUUGGGUGAAGAAAAGGAGAGCCCAAACUCAUCUUACUGCGAUUGCUAAAGAGGAUGGAGAAGUAGUGGAGGGGAAAACCAAAGUGGCUAAAGUACUAGUAGAGUUCUAUCAAAAUCAACUAGGGAGGACAAUGGAGACUGAGGAUAUUAACCCGAACAUUAUCUCUAUGGAGACGCAUAUGGAAAAUUUCUUGGUCUCUCUGCUCGGCGACUUCGAGAAGGAUACGACCACAUCUCCUUUCACCAAUUCUAUGUUGAAUGUGGUAGCAAUUGUGGGUUAAUUUUUCCAUUUCACACUCCUUUGUAAAUUUUGGCUAAAAACUUAAACUAUUUCAGAUAUUCCAUGAUACGAUCCGAAAAUUUGGAUAUCCAAAUAUUUUCGAACCGAAUAUGGAAUGAGUUUUACUUGACAACUUUCAGAUAUCCGAUAUUGCAGAUCGGAUCGAUCCGAUUGAACACCGCUACAAAUAGUAGUGUGGGAAUUCUAGUAUGAUAGCAGAGUUUUGAUAGUAUAGUGUCACAAUGGUUGUGUGAACUCCUAUUUUAGCAAUAAAAGACUUACAAAUUC